UCUGUGGCAAUUCCUGGAGUCUGACCAAUAAGGCCACUGAAAUUGCAGCACAGAAGGAGGCCGACACCUGUAAGCAAUCAGAAUCUGAGAAGCAAAUCCUAGAGCUCUAGGCACUCUUGGCAAGGACAAUAUGGAGCACAGCCAUGGGUCUUGAGGGGAAGAGGCCCACACAGUUCCCUUUGGCAGGUUAAGUUGAAAACUGCCAUUGCUGAAAUGGCAGCAAUACUGAAGGAUCAAAACCUAAAAGCUCCAAAUGUAGAUAACUGCAACUUUUGCUCCCUCAGCUUGAGUUGGAAAGCAUGGCUCUGAAGGCAGGUUACUGACCCAUCCUGUGCACAUGCUAAGGAAAUGAUUUCAUAGCUCUGGGAUUUCACCACUGAAGAGGGGGAAGGGGGCCAAUUCCGCUGAAACAAAGGGACAGUAAUCACUCUUGCCAGAAAAGCAGUUUAAAUUAGAGGUGUCUCUUUACAGCCUCAGAGACUUUCAAGAUGUUUCUCAGUUCAUUUCAGUGUCUGCACAAUGGAUACAAUCCAGACGGACCACUGCAACUUUAUUGGAGUGAAUUCUGGAGCCAAAGAAGUGAAACUUGCUAUAACCCAGUCAGGUUUGUUUUACUGUGCCUGGCGCAAGCGCUGGUUUGUCCUUCGGCGGGGCCGCAUGAGUGGCAACCCCGACGUCUUGGAGUACUACAGGAGCAAGCACUCCAGCAAGCCCAUUCGCGUGAUAGACCUCAGUGAGUGUGCAGUGUGGAAGCACACAGGCCCGGGCUUCAUUCGGAAGGAAUUUCAGAAUAAUUUCGUGUUCAUUGUCAAGACCACUGCUCGUACGUUCUAUCUGGUGGCCAAGACUGAGGAAGAAAUGCAGGUCUGGGUGCACAGCAUCAGUCAGAUCUGCAACCUUGGGCAUUCGGAGGAUGGCACAGCAGACUCUGUGGAGAGCCUCUCUUGCACGCCCUCCUCCCUCCAGCCUUCCCCCGCCAGCUCCUUUCCCACAGCCCAAGCUGCCGGGUCCUCCUUGCCCAGAGAUGACCCAAGUGCUAAUACCUUAGCCACAGAGGAAACCAGAAGUGAGUCAGAGCUUCUCUUCCUUCCUGAUUAUCUGGUUUUGUCCAACUGUGAGACUGGAAGACUGCAUCAUGCCAGCCUCCCCACCAGAUGUGAUAGCUGGUCAAACUCAGACCGCUCAUUGGAACAGACUUCAUCUGAUGACGUUUUUGUUGACUGCCUGCCAUCACUCCCCUCCAGUAACUUGGUAUACCCCUCACGCCUUGGGGAUGGAUCACAGGAGGCACCUUCCACAAGGUCUCAGGCCACCCUGAUUAGGAGUAGAGAAAUCAAUGGGCCAUCCAGGGACCACCUGUCACCUUCACCAUUGCUGGAAACUUACUUAAAUUCCACCAUUCAGGUAGAUAAAAACCAAGGUUCCUUGUCGUGUGUGGUAAAGGAACUAAACGUUAUGUCCAGCACUCCACCUCCCCGUCCCCCUAAGCCAAGCCAUCUCUCUGAACGACGCCAAGAGCAGCAGCAGCUCCUGUGGAGUGGGCCCGGCAGCACCAAGAACCCAGAAUGCACCAUGGUUCCAAGAAGAAUCUCUCUCUCUGGUUUAGAUAACAUGAGAACCUGGAAAGCUGAUGUAGAAGGUCAAUCCUUAAGACACCGAGACAAGCGGCUUAGUUUAAAUUUGCCAUGCAGGUUCUCUCCAGUGUGCCCCACAACUUCAGCCAGUGCCGAAGACAGCUACGUGCCCAUGGGCCCCCAUGCCACCGCCUCUGGCAUUGGGCCCCACUGCAACACUGAUGAUUACAUCCCAAUGAGCUCAGGGAGCAUCUCGAGUCCACUGUCUGAACUACCUGCAGACUUGGAGCCUCCUCCAGUGAACAGAGAUCUUAAACCUCAGAGGAAAUCACGGCCACCUCCACUGGACCUGAGGAACCUUUCCACCAUCAGGGAGCAUGCAUCUCUAACCAGGACCCUCACUGUGCCUUGCAAUCGAACCAGCUUUCUCUCUCCAGAAAGAAAUGGUAUUAAUUCUGCAAGACUUUUUGCCAAUCCUGUUUCCAGAGAAGAGGAAGAAAGCUACUUCCAAAUGCAGGAGCACAGACAAGCCAGCUCCCUGAGCAGCGCUGCUUUCACUUGGACAAAGAGAAUCAGCCUGGAUUAUUUAGCCCUGGACUUUAAUAAUUCAGCAUCACCAGCCCCCGUACAGAAGAAACUUUUUCUUUCAGAAGAGCAAAGAGUAGACUAUGUCCAAGUGGAUGAACAGAAGACUCAAGCUCUCCAGAGCACAAAGCAGAUGUGGACUGAUGAGAGGCAAUCAAAAGAAAUUCCUCCAGGUCAGGGGUUGUGCAGUGCGGGAGGAGGGAGUGAAGGUGUCAAGCUGGGAAGACCCGAAGGCCGUAAGGCAGAGAGCGCCGGGAGAUCAGCUGUCCUUGGGGAAGGAGGAGCCCCAAAGUCCAGCACACGGCUUAGCUGUGAAGACACGGUGACCCGGUGGGUGGGAGCCACUGGACAAGCCACUUACUGCAGCACACAGACCGGUUGAAUCAUGGCCUUUGACAUCCAACUCGAAACCAAAUGCUCCUCUUAGGCCUGCCUUUCUCCUCUUAAAGACCUCCCAGGCGCGGUGUAUAUCGUCUCUGCUCCCACAAUCACCCUGAUUUUAAAAAUCCAUUUUGUAUUCACUGUUUGCAUUUUUGGCGUUAAUAAAAGUUUUAUAAAGAGGAAUGACUUACAUUCCCUUCAUUUGUUUUAAGCUAUGACAUCAGAUAUACAUAAGGAACAUGUUCUGAAAGCUGAGUAUAUGAAAACAGGGUUCACUGCUCUUGUCAAACACAGUGCACAACAAACUUCACCUGACUCCUGUGGAAUGACCUACAUGCGAGUUAUCUUGUCGCGCACCAUUGAGCAGGUGGUUGUAAUUAGCACUGCUUUUGCUCAACCAAGCCACAUUUUGAUCUACUCCUUUUUUCAUCAGACACCAGCCUCUGUAACGGGCAGUAAAAUCAACUGCUCUCCCUGACACCACAUACAAUAGGAACUUCCUUGUGGCUUCCAUUAAAAAACAAAAGCCCUAGGCCUAUCUCUCCCCAGCGAGGAUUUCUUCUGCUGCCGCCUCCCCUCGCUUUUUCUCCAAGGCUGAGGUGAGGUCCCCGCUGCCUGGAGGCUGGGUCAGUGACAUCUCUAGGCCACAAAGCAAAGUGGUGUGAGCUCGGGUUUGGGGCAACGGGCCAAAGGCACAGAAAGGAUAGGCUCUCUGGGGCCGAGAGAAGGGAGAAGCCACAUUAAAUUCCUUACCCAUGAAGACGUAUUAGGCUGACUAUGAACUCUCUUUUUCUGACACACACUACCCACACCAAGCCACCCACCUAAAGAACAUCAAGUUUACCCCCAGGGCUGAACUGAGAAUCAGGGACCAUGAAACCAUAGAGUCCUUUAACCCCAGACCUCUUCUCUCUGGUUCCUUUAUCUUACCAGACACCUUCCUAAGUUUUGAGCUUCCUGCUGCCAUUUGAUUUCCCUUGAUCAUUAAAUUGUAUUUAUUUUAUCAUUUCCUUAUUUUGAUAGUUCCAUUUGUUUUACAAAUGUUGUUUUUAUUUUCUGUAACUGAGAGUGAGUGGGAUUGGUACAAGCUGGACUAGUGACCCCAAUGGAAUAGAAAGCAGAGCCCGGAUGCAGACCCUCACGUAUACGGGCCCUUAAUUCUUGACACAGGUCGCACUGGAGAGCCUUGGGAUCAUGGUGGCCUUUUCAAUAAAGGGUGCCGCUCAUUGGCUAUCCACAUGGGCAAAAAUGAACCUUAAACCCUCCCUCCUCCCCUCCACAAACUUCUAUUCCAGGUGGCUCUAAAUGGGAAAGGCGGAACAAUAAAUGUUGUUCCCUCUGCUUUGUCGUGUCCAUUUUGCUUCCAUUCGCUGUUGUUGUUGUGUUUGUUUCGUGGUGAAAACCUUUAAUUUUAUUAGU